GGAAACUAAGGUCAAAAAAAAAUGUUGUUAAAAAAAAAUUAAGAACGUUGUAUAACAUCUAAAUAAACUAUUGAAAAAAAAUUAACUCUUAAUUUUCAUUAUUUAGGCUGUUUUAGCCCAUUAAAGUUCUAAGGUUUUCUGAAAUUAACCGUGUACUCCAUUCACGGUUCCUCGUGAACCAUACAGAAUUAUGACGUAUGAGCCGCGAGACUCAAAAUCACUUAGUCAUGGAUAGCAGCGAAGAAAGUAGUUGUGCUAGUGAACAUAGCGAAGUAUAUAGUUCUGAAACAGAUGAAAGUAUUUGCAAAGGGUGUUAUGAUAACGAACCUGAAUAUACUGAAAGUCAGUUGAAAAACAUUUGUUCAUCAAAAACUGCGAAUAAUAUUUCAGACGACGACGAAGAUGAGGAUUUAGACUCAAGCAGGUUAGAAAACUUACAUUGGUGUAAGUGUAAAAAAUGUGAUAUACACGAGUUAAUGACUGUUGAAGAAUGCAAGUGUUGUUUGGAGUUUACAACUUUACUGGGAGAAAAGCUGGAAGAGAAUACAUGUAUUACCUUGCAUAAAGAUUUUAAUAUUCUUUGAUAUAAAAUCUUUUCAAAACAAGUAAGCUUAUUAUUCUACCUUUCAAAACAAAUAUAAAAUAUUACUUCAUAUGCGAAAAAAAAUGCGUUCUUUA